AUGACUGUUAUGUUUAAUAUCGUAAUGCUAACCCUAUUAAUAUUUUGUAAUUUGUCUAAUUUAGGCCUACAGCUUACAAGGGAUAUGUGUAAUGGUAAACUUGAAGGAGGUCAAAUAGGGUCUUGUGAAAUUACCUUUUACCCUGGUUCUGUUGAUGGUGGUAACCAUAUGGCAGAUACACAGACUGCAGGGAGUGUAAGUUUGUUGAUUCAAGCAGCAUUACCUUGUGCAGCUUUUGCCAGCUCUCCAACUCGUUUGAUCCUGCGUGGAGGCACGAAUGCUGAUAUGGCACCCCAGGUUGACUACACUAUACAUGUGUUCAGAAAAGUGAGUGCCUGGUUUGGACUUAACUUCAAGCUGUUUUUAAAGACUAGGGGCUUUUAUCCUCAAGGAGGUGGUGAAGUCUCUCUUGAAGUGAAACCAUCAAAUGAAGGUCUGUGGGCGGCUGAUUUUACAGACUUUGGAGAAGUGGCAUCAGUUUAUGGGAAGUCUUAUGUUGCAGGAACACUUCCAGUAAAGGUGGCACAUAAGAUGGCAGAUUCAGCAGAACACAUAUUGAUGGAAGAAUUGCCCAGAGGAGUACCAAUAAAUAUUGAGAGAAUUAAGGAGCAACCUGGAAGAGCUGUGGGGAAUGGAUCAGGCAUAGUGUUGUGGGCAGAAACCACUACAGGGUGUGUUCUAGGGGGUUCAGGUUUAGGAAAGAGAGAUAGAGUGGCUGAAGAUGUUGGUGCAGCAGCUGCUAAUGAGAUACUGGAAAGCAUAAGGCGAAGAGCUUGUGUAGACUCUCAUUCACAGGAUCAACAUUAG